UGUAAACUAGAGCAUUGACAGCCAUUUUUUUUGACAUAUACAUUGUAUUCAUAUUGGUUGGUUCGCGCCAAUAGCACGCUUUUGGCGCUGUGAGCGUGCUCUAUCUUUCUUCGACAUUCACUGAGCAACAAGGAUAGAAUGAUACUUUUAGCGCUAAUAGCGUCUCCCCGAAGCCAGCCAUUAGCUUGUGAACUUGAUCUCACGAAAGGAAUUGGGAAAUCGGAAAUCGAUUGAUCAGUUGCCACGGUUGUCGCAUUAAUGUACUUGUCAGCUUAGUAUCAUCUUGAUAGUGCAAGGUACCAUCACAGCAUAUUUUGAAAAGAACUUAAAGUCUUAAGUUCAAUUAAUCAAGAUAUUUGCGCAAAAUACGUAUAAUAGCAGAGAAAGAAAAGAAACACUUUUAGAGCAGUCUGAUGUUCUAUUUUUGAUGAUUAUUUUUAUCAUUCAUAAGUAAAAUAUUUUCAAAUUUCUGAUAAAAGAGAAGUUGGGAAUAUCUCUUAAACGUGGCAAGAGGAAUUCAAUUGCCACAUCUGUACUGUAUUACGCUAACUGUCAUCUAGAUAGAGAUUGCAGAAUAUCUCAUUGAAACAUCUUGAAAAGAACUUAAAAAAUCUUAAGUUUAAAUUAUCAGUCAAGAUAUUAACGGAAAUCCAAAUACAUAUAAUGGCAGGGAAAGCAAUAUCUAACGAUAAAGAGAUUCUACCACAAAAGGAGCAAAUAUCUUCACUUUUGUUACCUUCGUAUGUCAAGAGUUAUUCUGAAACAAGCCUCGAGUCGACUACAGUUGAUUAUACGUGGAGAAUUAACAAAUUUAAGUGUCUUAUUAAUGCCAUAGAUAUGUUAAAAUCCCCAGCGUUUCCAGAAAAUGGUCGUUAUAUGAAUUUAUAUAUGAAAUCUACCUCCUUGACACAGUAUGAUUUAAAAGUAUAUUUACUUACUACUAAACCAUUCGUCGGUUUAUGUACUACUUCUAUAAAGUAUUCGGAUGAACGAUCUAGUUCACAAUCAAUUUCGGGUUAUAUAUCAAAUAUGACAGAAUUAUAUGAAGGUCUGAAUUUAACAUUGAAACGUGAUAUAGAUUCAUUUAUAAUACGUUGUAAACUUAAAAUUUUUCGUCAUCUGAAGAAUGAUACUAAACAUAUAUGUAACUUAUUACCAUCCUCAACAAUAUCAAAAGACAUAAAAUCUCUUGAAGACUCAACUUUUGAAGAUAAGUCUAAAGGUGAUAAAUCAAUUACAUUUUUACUAGGAACAGAGAAGUACAUUAUAUCAAAAAAAUUGUUAUGGACUACCAACAGUAACUAUUUUAAGAAUAUCUGUCUUACACAUGAAGCAAAAGAAAAAGAUAUGACAAAUGAAUUGAAAACAAAUGAGGAAAUAGAAGCUUUUAAACAAAUUUUAUUAUUUAUUAUAACUGGCUCACAAUCAGUAGAAUCAUAUAAUUAUUACAGACGUACAACAUUGUUUAAAAUAGCUAACAAAUAUGAUGUAGUUACUUUAAAAUUAAUAUGUGAACAUUAUUUACUAGAAUCUAUUACAGUUAAUAAUGCUAUAGAACUUAUACAGCUUGCAUUUACAUUUAAAACACAACUUUUAGAAACAUAUUUAAUAAAUUUUAUUAAGUUUUAUAUAAAAGAAAUUGUCAAUACUGAAGAAUUUCAAAAUUUACCGGAAGAAGAUUCAAAUAAAAUUAUAAAAUUAAUUAAAAACAAUAAGAAAAGUGAAGUAUGUGAUAUUAUGACUGAUUUUAAGCCGUUGGUUAAUAAAUAAAUAAGAAAUUUACAUUAAUUAAUAUUUGAAAUAAAUAAAUAAAUAAAACAUAAUAAAGCUAUUUCUCUCAAUUAGUAAACAUUUUUUCCUUUUAAAAGUAUAUUAUUAUUGUUAAUUGUUACAUAUUUUAUAAUUAUACAAUAUGUGUGCUAAUUAAUACAUAUUGAAAAUAAUUUGUGAUUUUUUUUACUUUAUAUAUAUAAAUAAAACUUAGUAAUUGUGUUUGAUGUAGUUUAGCUAUACGUUUCUUAGAUUCAAAAGUUAAAAAAUAAAAGAAAAUAUAUCUUAUUUUAUAAUUUUAACUUUUUUGUUAAAUAAAUAAAUAGUGUGUCCUAUUUUCGUCUGUAAUAUAUGCUAAGAUGCUUGUGAUUUAAAAUUGAUUUUUGUUUCUCCAUGUUUAUUACAAUUAUAAGUUUUGUGAUAAUUAUAAUUAUUUUAUUGUGAUUAUUGUAAUACGUAAUAACGUAUAAUUACGUUAAUAAAAUGUAUUUAAAUCAAAA